GAAAACGGAAAAGAGAAAGACAGUAGGACAGAAAGGAAGGCAGGAAGGAAGGAAGGAGGGAGGAAAGAGAGAUUGAACGAGAGCACGAGAGAUAGAUCGAUUGCAGAGGUGGAGCUCUGUGCGGGUUCACAGGGUGACAGAAGAGUGAGGAAGAGAGAGGGUGGAGUGAUCGAGAGAGUGUGUGGAGGGGGUGGACGACACACUGGUGAGCCCUGGCCGAUCUGCAGGAGCUGCCUGUGGUGGUUUUCUGGAAGAGUGCAUCUGUGUCACCUACUUUUUGCCCCUGGCAGAGGCCUGCUCCUCCGAUUGACGGCAGAAGCAGGGGCUGUGGACACUGACCAUCGAUGCCAAAGAUGAGAGACAAUGAGUUGUCCAACGGGGGACUGGAGAGCCCGGCCGACGAAGAGGAGGAGGGGGAGGAAGAGGAGAAGGAGAUCACCGUCCCGAACCCCUCCAGCCCCACGCUCUUCUCGCCGCAGCUGAAGGCCAUGAUGCGGAUACGGAACAAGUACCAGGCGCUGAAGAAGCGGCGCAUCAGCGCCAACAGCGCGGCGCCGGCGUCCCCCAGGGCCAACGCGCCCGAGGUCUUCACCUUCGAGCAGCUGGCGGCGCAGAAGAAGAAGAGGAGGAGGAAGUCCCGCGUGCUCUUCCCCAGCGACAGCCGCAAGUUCCUGCCCAAAGAGAAGGAGAGGAGUCGCGCCAAGCCCUUCCUGAUCCUCUUCAGCAUCAUCGUCUUCCUCCAGGUUUACAAUGCCAUUGAGAACCUAGAUGACCACGUGGUAAAGUAUGACCUGGAGGGCUUGGAGAAGACCUUGGGCAGGGAGGUGUUCGGCCAGAAGCGAGGCGUGGAGACCCUGAUGGAGCACCUGCGAGACUACCUGUCCACCUACUCCCACAAGCGACCGCUGGCGCUGUCCGUCCACGGGCCCAGCGGCGUGGGCAAGAGCCACCUGGGCCGCCUGCUGGCGCGCCACUUCCGCUCGGUGGUGGGCGACCAGCUGGUGGUGCAGUACUUUGCCCUGUACAACUGCCCGCCGUCGGAGAGCCCCGGGCAGUGCGCGGCGGACCUGACGGCCCGCGUGGCCCAGGUGGUGGCCCGCGCCGAGGCCGACGAGCGCGUCCCGGUGGUGGUGCUGGACGAGGCGCAGGCCAUGCGGCCGCCCGUGCUCGACGCCCUGCUGGAGCUGCUGCGGCCCGACCAGAGCAACGAGUUCCUCAACGUGGUCUACGUGCUCCUCGGCAGCCUGGGCCACGAGGAGAUCGUCCGCCACGUCCUCCAGAACUCUUCCUCCUCCUCCUCCUCCUCCUCCUCCUCCUCCAGCUUCUGGAAGGGCCAGGAGGACGACAUGGAGGACGUGAUCCGCGGCAGCCUGGCCGAGCAGCACCCGCUCUGGGCCGAGAUGGACGUGGUGGCCCUGACGCUGCUGGAGAAGAGCCACGUGGUGGAGUGCUUCCUGGAGGAGAUGACGCGCGAGGGCUUCUACCCUGACCUGGGGCACGUGGACCAGCUGGCGGGGGAACUGUCCUACUACUCUGCCGGGGGACGACAGUACUCACAAAAUGGCUGCAAGCAGGUGGUUGCCAAGGUGAACCUUCUGUGAGCGCAGCCAUUUUAGUAUGCAUGCAUCUGUAUGUGCCUAAGGUAUAUAUUUAUAUAUAUAUAUAUAGUGUGUGUGUGUGUGUGUGAGAGAGAGAGAGUAUACUGUAUGUCUCUGCCUGUGUGUGUCCAGAUGUACCUCAAUGUUAAUGUCAGUCUUUUUAAUCUCAUGACACAAAUUAUAUAAUGGCCAUUGACAUUCUAUUUUUGACAGCGAGCUUCAAUUCAUGUAUUUUUUUUUUUUAAUUCACAAAUGUGUUAUUGUUAUUAAACAUAGCA